CUAACAUGGGAAGCUUGUUUCUGUAACUUCCAGCGAGGACAAAAAAACAAAAAACAAAAAAACAACAACGUUACACGUUGGUUUAAGUAGCCGUUUGAGUGAUUGUUCGAGCGAGACGACACGCUGGUGUAACCUCAACGGUAGCGGCGGAGAAAGCAAGGACAAGUAACAACUCCCAACAAGUGCGACCGACAUUUCUGCGCAUCGAAGUCUUUUUUUUUUUGGGACAGCGACGCCAUCAAGUCGUCUAAGUUUAUCGGAGCUGAAGAGGGCAGAUAUAGAGGAUUAAAUCAGCAUGGUAACUACAAAGGGAGCUGGCCUCAAUCCCAAUGCCAAAGUGUGGCAGGAGAUCCCUGCCCAACAGAGUGACCUUCCUGGGGAACCAGCCGAUUCUCCCUGGGUUCAGGGCUAUGCACUACCCGCAGAGAUGACCGAUGGUUAUUCACAUAUUCCCUCCCCAGGAGGUAAAGGCUACUACACCGAAUAUGUAGACAGCCCUGCUGACUACAUCCCUGUACCUGUAGGCGAUGUGCUUGACAUGGAUCAACUGGACUUGGGAUAUAUAGGCUUUGACCCACAAGGCGAAUCUGCCACAGAUGGUGAGGUGUCAAAGGAACAGCCAGUAACUGAAGAGAGUCUGCGAGAGUCUUUGAAGAAUCGACUGGAGUUUUGCUUUUCAAGAGAAAACCUGUCUAAGGACCUGUACCUGAUAUCCCAGAUGGACAGUGAUCAGUUUGUUCCUAUCUGGACCAUUGCGUGCAUAGAAGACAUCAAAGCUCUCACAACUGAUAUGGACCUCAUUUUAGAUGUACUGAGAGCCUCUCCCAUCGUUCAGGUUGACGAAGCUGGUGAGAAGGUUCGACCGAACCACAGUCGCUGUAUUAUUAUAUUAAGAGAGGUGCCAGACUGUACCCCGGUGGAGGAAAUAGAAGCUCUUUUUAAAAGUGAAAAUUGCCCAAAGGUGUUAAGUGCAGAGUUUGCUCACAACAACAGCUGGUACAUCACAUUUCAAUCGGAUAUGGAUGCACUACAGGCUUAUAGAUACCUAAGAGAAGAAGUGAAAACGUUCCAGGGGAAGCCAAUCAUGGCUCGCAUUAAGGCCAUUAACACGUUCUUUGGAAAGAAUGGCUUCCACAGACUAGAUUCAGGUGUGUACCAACAGCAUGUGCAGCCACAGGCCCAGUAUGACUACAUGCAGCAGGUGUACAGCUCCCAGCAGCAGUAUCCCGUUUACCCUGUGGUGUCGCCUUCCUGGAACCCUUCCGUCAUGCCUCAUUUUGAAACGCCACUGGCACCCUUCCCCAAUGGUGGCCUCAUGAAUGGUUACAACAGUCCAGGAAACUACAAAGCAAACUUGAACUCUGUUACCGCCCAUCAGCCCCCUGCUAGGAACAGAAACCAUAUAAAAGGUCAUCCGAGACCCAUAGAUGUCCCAUCAGCUGUGGCUUCAAGAAGCUUAAUGGAGGGUUUGUCUGCUCCCUUAACCCCUCUGGACCUCCAGACAGCAGGCACACUGUGUGGCCCCACACCGCAGACAAACCUGUCCUCGUUCAACUUUAAGGGAACUUCUUCAGUGGUUGGCAUACCCAAUGGGGAUGGGAAUCGGGCUGGCCGGGACAGGAGAGCCACUCAUAGAAGCAUGAGGAGAAACCGAGAACAACAUAGCACGAAACCUAUCCCUGUGAUGGAGGCCAAAGCACCCCCUCCCAAGUUUGAUCUGGCAGCCUCCAGUUUUCCUCCUUUGCCGGGAUCCGUGGUCACUGUGCAGGGAGAAACUGUGCCAGAGAUGCGCCUCUCUGAUGUUGUGCGUGGACUCAAGGUUCCAACCAAAGCUGUGAGCCAAGAAGAAAAUUUGACCCAACAAUUUAAAAACAUGUCAAUUCCUGAAAGCAAAGUGAAUUCUAUGGCCCAGCCUGACAAAGCUUCUCCUGCAGCCCCACAAAUGGAAGCUCCAUCAUUAAGUCCUGCUCAGCCAGUAACGAAAGAGGACAGAGCUGAAACUCCUGUUGCAAGUUCACCGCCCCCAGAACCCCCCUCUCCAACCGGCUCAAAACAUUCACCCGACAUGUGCAGUCAGGAUGUUCCCACAGAGACACCACCCUCACCUCUGGUCUCGCCAACAUCUGAACAGGGUCCAAAAAGACUCAGUUAUGCAGAGGUGUGCCAGAGGCCAGCUCGAGAUCCUCCACCACCACAGAUCCCCUCUCCUGCCUCUUCAGUCAGCCAACCGCUGCAGGAGCUCAAGGUCAACACAGUAGAGGAGCCUCGGCUCGGUUCCAGACAACCUCCAGGGAAACGUGGAGAUAAACGACCUCCCCGGCAACCAUUGCGCACCUUCAGAGGAGCACCAAGCCAAAACAGGGUAAAGGGAUCAGGGAUGAAGAUGCAGGAGCAUCAGAGGGGCCUAAAUACAAGCAAACCGUUUUCCCCACAACGAGGACCUAGGCGCAGUGGCAAGGAGCAGAACAUUCCCCCAACUUCACCAAAAUAACAUUUAAAGAUGGAAGAUACUAUAUAUGUAAAUGUAUGUACAUAGACAAAUGAUGAAUAUAUUAGUUUUGAUAGACUUAUAUCAAAGACUUAACAUUGUUGCCUUCUUGAAAUUAUUUUUGAAAGACUGUAGAUAUGGCUCAUCUGCUGAAGGGGAUUUGAAAGCGUCAAGGUUUGGUUGUGAUCUGAGCCUGAUAUGCUGGUGUGGCAUACAAUGUUGUAUAUUUCUCUUUUUUUCUUUUUUUUUUUUCUAGCCAGGUUUACCAUGAUAUCAACCAUUGA